AUGUUUUACCACAACCUUCAGGAGUCCAAAAAAGUCUUCGUCCAAGACAUCCGGCCACAGAUUUUCAAGGAGAUGCUACAUUACAUUUACUCCGGCCAGACUUUGGCUCCUUUGACGGACGCCAUCGCUCAACCCCUGUUCGUAGUUUCAGACAAAUACGAUAUCGAGGACCUGAAGGAGAAGUGCGUCCGUUAUCUGCUGAGAAGCGUUCGGAAGAGUAAUGCCGUUGACUUGUUGGUCUGGGCAAAUCUUCAUUCGGUGGAGAAAAUCCAAGAAGCAGCUCUUGACUUUGUGGCUGGAAAUUUCAAAACCAUUUGUCAAUCGAAUGAAUGGGAGAACCUGAUGAAGAACUAUCCGGAGCUUGGAUUCCUGGUGACUCGACGUUAUGCAGCUGUUUAA